AAUAAUUGUAUAAAAUACGCCACACGCUCGUUUAAAGUCCACCAGUCACCACCCUCAGCACCAUGGCUCGCCAGCGCUCUGCCCCGGCACCUGCUUCCCGCUCUGCGGCCGCUGCAGCUUCGCGCCCUAAGCCUGCUGCUUCGGCUCCUCCCCCGCCUCCGCCUCCCGCCGCUCCGGCCGCACCUGCUGCUCCAGCUGCGGCUCCUGCGUCAUCCGGGGGUUGGUUCAGCCGGCCUGCGGCUCCCCAGCCGGUUGCUCCGCCUCCCAUGGCUGCACCUGCCCCCGCCGCUCCUCCCGCUGUGGCCUCAAGCGGCGGUGGCAUCAUGUCGGGCUUGAUUGGCACCGUUGUGCAAGGUGCUGCUCUUGGCACGGGCAGUGCCCUUGCCAACCGCGCCGUGGACGCCGUGAUGGGCCCUCGCACCGUUGUGCACGAGCACCAGGGUGCGCCUGCCCCCGCUGCGCCUGCUGCCACUGCCAUGCCCCCUGCUGAGGGGCCUUGCGCGGGCCAGGUCAAGGCUUUCGCUGAGUGCAUGAGCAAGAACGGAGGCGACAUGGGAGCCUGCCAGUGGUACUUUGACACCAUGCAGCAGUGCAAGCUCGGCAGCGCGUAAGCAGCAGAUUGCUGUGGAGUGUGCUGCAGGUGGUGUGCGUGUGUGUGUUUAAAUCAUGAAUGGCGCUGGAUGUUCGGGUAUACUCGCUAUUGUGCUCCGGAGCACAGGGCUUGGGCCCUGCGCUCUCCGUUAUCAUAGUCCCCCCCGUGAACCUUCCCAACCUAUCCUGUGUUUUUUAAGCCUACAUCGGGAGUAGGUCUUCAUUCUAUUUGUUAAGAACACUUGGUCUUCAAUUCCCAGGUAGGCGUCAUAGCGUGGCACCCGACGUCUGCAAAUGCCGUACAUGAAGCUGUUGCAGCGCUUUAGGUGUAUAAAGCGCGCCUGCUGCUGUGGUUGUGGAGACAUUGUCGGUGUGUCAGGGCUUUGGUUUGCCGGGAAUGCUCAAACUCCGUAUAUGGCUCCCCAGGGCCCCAUCUCGUAGUUACCCUCGUGAGAGGCCUUUCUGGUGUUUUGUCCUUGGCGCCUUGAAAUGCCAAGUCUUGGCAGAGGCGUGCAUACAUGUCGUGAUGUAACACCGUGAGGAAUAUUUACCGCAAGCCGUGCUCUACAGGUGUACAGAAAUGCUAUGUUGGGAGCAGUGUGCUGGGCAUAAGGGAAGCCAAAUACAGGCGGCUCCUCGGGUAUGAGUUUGCAGCAGCUUUAGGGCAGCCCGCAAUGACACGUGGCAUGGUCAGAUGAGACUACCAGUAGUUCAAAAGGGAAGGACGAAGGGGAUGACGUGGAGAGGACCAGAGC